AUGAGCUCCUAUCGACAAAUUUAUCCUACCUCACUAUCAUCCAGUUAUCAUCAAGACAUAUCAUAUCCAAGGAAUAAUAUCGGAUUGUCAAAGAGAUACGGAAGUAUUGAUCGUCUGGCAACAUCAACAACUCUUCGAACAUCCAUCUCACCGAGUACCUUUGGCUCCAAACGCACUGCGAGCUAUGGUUCAGCUUUAUAUCUGAAUGAUACUGGAACGUCAUCGUUACGGCGAUACGAUAUUCCUGCUUAUGAAAGACGUUCAUCAAAUACUCCAAGCCGUUAUGCGAAUUCAAGCUAUACACCGUCUUAUUCAACUUCAUCAUGGCGUGACCGUUCUCAAACACCCAGUUACAGUAGAAGUCGAGAAAGAAUUUCGAUACCAGAUCGAGAUUACAAAUCCAUGUCACGUCAUCCAAGUGAUAAAGAAGAUUCGAAAUCCGUUGAUAAUAUCGAGCAGAAAUUUGAACAACUUUAUAACAGAUAUGUCAAAGACCAAAAAGUUGAAAGCACUGAUGUGAGCAACAAUGUCAAGUCUAAUACUGAAUUUUCUGGUGGUGAGAAAUAUCUUUCGUAUAGCGAAGUCGAAGGAGAUGAUGAUGAUGAUGAACUUUCACUUAAUAAUGAUGAGUUCACUGAUGUUAUACGUGGUAUCGCUGAACUCAACAAGGAGGCUAAUUUUGAGCCAUCUCGAAAUCAACAUGAAAUGAAUAGUACAUCAGUAAAAGACGCGCCAUGUAAUGAUAAGUUAAGCUUGCUGCUAGCCUCAGCAGAUAAAGAAGAUAUGCGAUCUGAUGGUUCUUCAGGUUUGAUGGUUACCUCAACAGGUAAAUUUAACUUAGCCUAUAAAUAA